AUGAAUGCUAAAUUUUGGCAGUUAAGUAAACAUUUCAUUACGAUAUGGUUACGUGGUGUAUUGCCGACAAAUGCAUUGGAAGCACACGAAGAAGCAUGGAAUGCUUAUCCCCAUACAAAAACACGUUAUUCAUCUCCAUUUUUGGACCGCUUUAACAUUGAAGUGGAAACAAAGUAUUAUGAUGAUGCCGGUGAUCAAGAAAAUGUUUUCGAGCUUACCGGCGAUGAAUUGAAAAAUCGAAUUGUUGAUGUAAUGGAUUUUGUGAAUGAUGCGUUAUCACCGUAUGAUUAUGUUCCUGAGGAAGAUCCAAAAUUAUAUCAUAGUAUAAAGACUGGUCGUGGGCCGCUGAAAGAAGAUUGGAUUGAGGAUUGCAUUAAAAAUGGAAAACCUAUUAUGUGUGCUUAUAAACUUUGCAAAGUUGAAUUUCGAUUUUGGGGUUUACAAACUCGCGCGGAACGUUGGAUACAUAGUCAUGCUCUACGUAAUACUAUGCUAAGGGCACACAAACAAGCGUGGGCAUGGCAAGAUGAAUGGCACGGUCUUACGCUUGGAGAUGUACGAGAAUUGGAACGAGAUGCAGCGGAACAUUUGUCCAAAUUAAUGGCACGAUCAUCUAUUUCUGCUUCUUCCUCGGUUUAUUUCGAUUGCGUGGAAGGUUUUCCAGCCGUGGAGAAUUCUCAAUCGCUGAUAAAGUGGAGUUCGGAGAUAUCGCUUAUUGGUGAUCAUGAAAGACUCUCAUCUUUUCGAAUGGGACAAAAUAUGAAAGUGGCAACUAAUGCCGCAUCUGAUGCAUCUUUACUUGUAAUCAUCUUCUAUGAUGAUAUUUUCGCAGAUGUUUCAACGGAUCAGAAUGUAACAGAUCCGAAUUCUUUACGUUUAACGAUAGAAAAGCAGAUCUCAGCAGAUUACCAGCAUUUGAAAGGACACAUCCACUUUUUACAUAUAUCAUGCGGUCAGGAAUUCGCUGACACAGCUUUACAUUUGAUCUCAAUUACACCAACAUAUGGUCUCGUUCAUCCAUCAUUGGCAUUACUUCUUUCUUCAUCGCAAUAUUAUUUUGAGGCUGUUCGGAAUACAUUACAAAAAGCUAAUGAAGCAUACAAUCAAUUUAUGCAUUCCAAUGCUGGACGAAAUUUUAAUGGUGAAAUAUUUGCUGUGGGUGAUUAUUUGGGUGGAAUACUGUUGCAUGAAUGUUUGAAACAAUCCAGAAAUCACUGCCAUAUGCAACAGUCGCAUCAAAUUGUUUCUCGACAUUCCAGUAGUCUUUCUACCAGAUCUCAUAUCAUCGUAAAGGAGAAUAGACAAGAAUCAAGAGAAAAUUCAUGGAUGGUAGAUGGAAAUAAAUUACAACGAAAUUCAUCGGUACCGCUGACCAUGAAGUUCAGAAAUUGUUCACGAUCAACACCUAAUUCAGAAGCUUCUUCAAACAAAGUGUGGGAAUCUCUGGCUUUUCGUCCAAGUAUGACAUUCCUUCUCGGUUGUCCUUUGGCUUUUGUUUUGAUUCAUCGAAAAUUUCAUGGUUAUGAAACUGAACCACUAGAAUGUAAUCAGUUGUUCAAUAUGUACUAUUCGAUAGAUGCAUGUGGUGCCCGGCUUGAACCAAUAUUAAAUCCUCAACUUGCAAUGUUGUUACCUGUGAAUGUGCCUCGUUACAAUGAUACAGCCAAUGCUGUUGAAAACACUGAUGGUAUGCUUGAUUCGUCAUUAUUUUGGGGUAAUCAUCGUAUCGAUCACAUACUACAUUCUCCUCACGCUAUGAUUACUUUAUCUUCGUCAGCUCUACCCAGUGUUCUCCACGCUUCCUAUUGGGAAAGUGAUGAUGUAGCUGCUUUUAUCCUCAAACGAUUUUUGCAUUCGGAAGGCGUGCGUCCAAUAAAUUUGGCUAACAUUACAAAAAUUCCAUCGGAAAUUAAGCUUGGCCCCGCAAUUGCCAAUUUAGCACCGUGCUUUAGCGGUAAUGACGUAAUUUGCGUGGAAGGAACUGAGCAAAUUAUUCAUGCACGAUUUUGUUAUGGACCGAUGGAUUUAGUCGCUUUAAGCCGUGAAAAUAUUUCUGCUUAUAUACGACCUACCGGAGGUGAUUGGCAAUUGGUUAAAACAGAUAUUACUGAUUCCCAUGGCAAAAUUACGUUUGAGCUUAAGAAGCGAUUACCGAUUGGAACACACUAUGUGAAAUUAAUUGUGCAUGGAGAUCAUUCUUUUCUGGAUUUGUAUAUUGCUGUGGCACCACCCGGAGAACAAUUCGUAGUAUUUAGUAUUGAUGGAUCACUUACUGCUUCGGUAUCGGUUACAGGACGUGAUCCGCGUGUUCGGCCAGGAGUUGUCGAUGUGGUACGAUACUGGUAUGAUUUGGGCUACACCAUUAUUUAUAUUACUGCCAGGCCUGACAUGCAACAUAAAGUUGUCGCUUUGUGGCUUGCGCUCCAUAAUUUUCCUCAUGGUCUCCUCAUUUUUACUCCAUCAUUUUCAACAGAUCCUCUCAGGCAGAAAGUGCUUCACUUGAAAAACUACUUGGAGAUGGGUUUAUUAAUUACUGCAGCUUACGGAAGCAGUAAAGAUGUUUCGGUUUAUAGCAGUGCGGGAGUGAACUCGAGUCGAAUAUUUUCCGUAACUGGAGGGAAACGAGGGUGCACAAAUAUCGAUUCUUAUGCGUCACAUUUAAAAGAUCUUAACGAAGGAUUAUACGAUUUUGCGAAACCAUUUGAUUCAUCACUUGUCUUCCCUCCCACAAAUUCAUUGAAUAUCCUCAGUCGCAGAAACUUGAUACGACGUACAAAUUCAUUCACUCCUCGAAGUGGCCGGCAAACAUUUGAAAAGAGCAGAUUAUUGUAA